CUCAGCACCUGCGGCUGCCGCAGGGAGCCGGGCGCGGGGCCCUGCGCACUCGGAGCUCGGCUCCUUUCCUCCUUCCUUUUCUUUUUUUGGGGGGUAAGUCGGGGCUGGUUUGGAUGUUUUCGGAGAGCUGGGGACGGUCUCAAGCUGUUUUCGCGGAGGGAAGUCUUUGAAAUACGACAUCUAGAAGAGUAGCCCUAGGCGACAAUGCCGGGCGUUCCCGGACCGGGGCAACGCUGGGAUUCCGGGGAAGUGGAGGCAGAGGGAGCGGGCACGGGGCCAGUAGCCGCCCCACGGAGUCCCCGGCAGGGGCGAGCUUAGCUGUCCUGCCGGGUCCCCUGCCCACCCCGGCCCGGGCCGCGGUGACAGCUGAGGGUCCAGAGAGCCGGCAGGAGGGGACCCUGCGCAUUGUCUGCCGCGAUGGGGACGUGGGCGUGCCCGCGGAAUUCACCUCCUCCGGGGACCAGCCGCCCAGGGAGGAGCCGGCACAGAACGCUGGCUCGGAGCGCCGGCACCCUGGGCCUUUGCGUUGUCUGUCGGCUGAGCAGCUGGUUCCCGGAGCCCGUGGGCCUCCUGGCCAAUGCGAGUGACAGCGACCUUCUGGGUUUAUAAUAAAGGGCUUGACGCGCCGCAAAGUCCCCUAGCCGCUGGCCACCUGCCUUCCAGCCCUUACGGCCCACGCUGCGAUCCUGGUGACCGAGAAGAGAGCAGAGCCACUGCCAGAAGGAAGGGGACAAGACCCAGCAGGACACCUUCUUUCCACGCUUUCCAGCCUGUGGGAGCAGCAGGGGCAGCAGAGAGGGAACCUGGAGCCGGGAUUAAUGACCCGUUUAUGAAGCGUCUUAUUCUGCGACCGAGGCUGUGUGGUCAGUGGCAACGUAAAUGGCUCAACUCCCCGCUGGCAUUCGCUUCAUCAUCUCGUUCUCCAGGGAUCAGUGGUACAGAGCCUUCAUUUUUAUUUUGACAUUUCUGCUGUAUGCAAGUUUUCACUUAUCUCGAAAGCCUAUCAGCAUAGUUAAGGGUGAGCUCCACAAGUAUUGCACUGCUUGGGAUGAAGCUGACGGCAGAUUCAGCAGCCAGAGCGGCAAGUCUGGGUCCAUUGCCCCCCGCCAGCUCCCUGACAAUGAGACCGACUGUGGCUGGGCACCAUUUGAUAAGAACAACUAUCAGCAGCUGCUUGGGGCCCUGGACUACUCCUUCCUGUGCGCCUAUGCCGUGGGGAUGUACCUCAGUGGCAUAAUUGGGGAACGCCUGCCGAUUAGGUAUUACCUAACUUUUGGGAUGCUCGCCAGUGGAGCCUUCACCGCCCUGUUCGGCUUAGGGUAUUUCUACAACAUCCACAGUUUCGGAUUCUACGUGGUAACUCAGGUCAUCAACGGGCUGGUGCAGACCACCGGCUGGCCCAGCGUCGUCACCUGCCUCGGCAACUGGUUUGGAAAAGGAAGGAGAGGUUUGAUUAUGGGGGUCUGGAACUCCCACACCUCCGUAGGCAACAUCUUGGGGUCGUUGAUCGCUGGCUACUGGGUGUCCACGUGCUGGGGCCUGUCCUUCGUUGUGCCUGGGGCCAUCGUGGCAGCCAUGGGGAUAGUGUGCUUUCUCUUCCUCAUUGAACAUCCGAAGGACGUCAGGUGCUCCUCCACCCUGCUGACGCACUCAAAAGGCUCUGAGAAUGGUACAAACAGAUUGAGACUCCAGAAGCAAAUCUUGAAGACCGAAAAGAACAGGCCUCUGGACCCCGAGAUGCAGUGCCUGCUGCUCUCAGAUGGGAAGGGCUCAAUCCACCCGAACCACGUCGUCAUUCUCCCUGGGGACGGCGGGAGUGGCACGGCCGCCAUCAGCUUCACAGGAGCCUUGAAAAUUCCAGGCGUGAUAGAGUUCUCGCUGUGUCUGCUGUUCGCCAAGCUGGUCAGCUAUACUUUCCUCUUCUGGCUGCCCCUGUACAUCACGAACGUGGAUCACCUUGAUGCCAAGAAAGCUGGGGAGCUCUCCACCCUGUUUGACGUGGGCGGAAUCUUUGGUGGGAUCCUGGCAGGUGUGAUCUCAGACCGACUGGAGAAAAGGGCCUCCACCUGUGGCCUGAUGCUGCUGCUCGCAGCCCCCACGCUGUACAUCUUCUCCACCAUCAGCAAGAUGGGGCUCGAGGCCACCAUCGCCAUGCUGCUGCUCAGCGGAGCCCUGGUCAGUGGGCCCUACGCGCUCAUCACCACCGCCGUCUCUGCCGACCUGGGGACUCAUAAAAGUCUGAAAGGCAACGCACACGCCCUGUCCACUGUGACCGCCAUCAUCGACGGGACCGGCUCUGUAGGAGCAGCCCUGGGCCCCCUGCUGGCUGGGCUCCUCUCCCCGUCCGGCUGGAGCAAUGUGUUUUACAUGCUGAUGUUUGCAGAUGCCUGUGCCUUACUGUUCCUGAUCCGCCUCAUACACAAGGAGCUGAGCUGCCCAGGGUCAGCGACGGGGGACCAAGUUCCAUUUAAGGAACAGUGACGCCCCACCCCCGGUCCCGUGGAGGGGGUCUGGGCCCACCCUUCACAACUGCCUUUCAAGGACAGUUUAGAUAAAGGGCCCUGCACAGAAAGAGUGACUUCCCUUUGCCUUUUGCACACGCACCUGGAAAAGACACAGAAGCCAACCUGAGAACUCCUGGUGCUAUUUUAAACGAGACGUAGAGCUGAACAGCAGUGAGAAGAGUCUGCGGGAACUGCUGCCUGAGCCGAGCCAGAGAACCGAAGACCCGGCCAAGCCUGGCCUUGAAGGCGUGUGCCCAUGCAACCACCUAAAUGCACGCGUGACAGCCAGGCCGGGUGGGUGUGGGGUGCACAGGUAGCCUCGACCCUCUCAGGCAUGUCAGCCACAGAACAUCAAAGUGAGCGAGUGCCACGCUGGCUGUGGCUUCAGAGAACCUGAAUGUGCCAUGUGGAAAAACAGGACACCACAGCCCACCAGACAGCGCCGGCCAGCAGAGAAGCAGAGAGCAGGAAGGCUGACAACCUGAUCGGAAACCAAGACGGAGCUCAGACCUACAUCACCCCAGAGGCUUUUCUAGCACCCCUGAUGUUCCGGACUGACCUGAAAACUAAUUGUUGAGAAGCCAAGGGUGAGCAGGCAGGAAGCACCUCCACUUGGAGGCACCCAGGCGUGCCAGCCACAGAGUGCCCCGAAGUCACCGUCAUCCCAGCCCCUGGCAUUCCUGGUGCCCUCCGAGGCCUCAGUGCUGCUGUUCAGCUCGGGGCACAGGGGCAUGGCAGAGGCUUGGGAAGCGGCCUCCCCACCGGCGCUGGGAUUGGCGGGUCCAAGCCCAGCAACUGGCUUCACUCCACGACACACCACACCUGGGACUGUUUUUAAUACAUAGCAACAGAGUGGGUUAUUUAUUUAAGAUGUGUAUUGUGUCAUAUGAAGUUUAAGAAACAUAAAUGGCAUUUUGUUAUUUAUUAAGACAAACUCCAAUUGUUCUCUGGCCGUUUUUUUCAGUCGUGUCUAGCAAAAUACUUAUCUGCCCUUUGAAAUAAAAUGUUUUUGUU